CCGAAGGGUGGGGCGGUGAGGAACCCCGGCAGCCGCGGGCUCGGAACCGGCCGGGUGGCGUCCGUCGGCGCGGAGCCGGCGGGCACGGGAGGGGAGAGCCGUCGGUCAGAGCGAGCGGUGCCGCGGGACCGCGCCGUGAUCGCCGUGACGCGCGGCCCUGGAGGUGCUUUAAAACACCCGUGUGACGGCAGGACACGGGUUUGCCUCUGCCCAGAUCUUCCCUGUGUUCGCUUCUGCCCCGGAGGCAGCGGCCGUCCCGCCCGGAGCCCCGGUGCUCCAGCGCUCCCGAAGUGCCGGGAGCAUCAGCACAGGGAGCGACUGCCCGCGUUCGUCACCCGAGUCAGUGAUAGGUGUUCUUGGAAAACGUGCUGGCACUUAAGAGCUGAAAAAGGACAUGAAGAGUAAAAAGACCCGGCAUCUCACUGGUCAGAAUGAAACAGAUGUUGAAAGAUUUUUCCAAUCUAUUGUUAGUAGUGCUCUGUGACUAUGUUCUCGGUGAAGUGGAGUACCUCCUGUUGGAGCACCCGGAUCAUGUAGCCUUCAGCAAUGACACAGUGUCUGUGGAAUAUAAGUACUAUGGUGGUGGUAAUGUGACAGCAGAAAAUGUGUCUAUCCUUUUACUGGAUGCCAGCACCAAUGAGAUAAUUGCAAGAAAACAGCUUCUGGCAAAUCAGUCCCAGGGGACGGUGGUGUUUGAGUGUUUCCAUUUCAAGAGUGCUGGUGACUUCUUGUUCAGAAUGGUCUCUCCCAGUGACAACAGCAGUGCUGCCCAGUGGAGCAGAAGCAGCAUGUCCGCCCUCCAUGUGGAAUGGCCUGUGUUUCACAUUGAUUUGAAUAGGAGUUCAGAGGUGCAUGGAAGCUCCCUUCAGGUUGGACUUUUUACAAAUGAGCAGUUGUGUGCCAUGAACAAGACUGUGAUUUCACUGGAUGUGAUAUUCACUAGCACCCUUUAUGAAUUCAGAAGACUAAGCUCUGAUGAAACUCUGGGCAUUAGAACUAGCAAAGGAAUCCCCCUAUCUAGGUCCCAAUGGAUAGAGUUUGAUUGCCCACCUGUUGGUCAAGAAAUAUACAUCACUGUGUUACUGAAAUCAUUAGAAACACAUUCCAUCAUUGCCUCCAUWGGACCUGUAGAUCUCCUCCACAAAUUUGGAUACAGACUGGUUGUGGCUGCAGAAGCCACAUGCAAAACUUUGGUUCAGGUGUUCRUAGUCUCUCCACCGUGCACUUCUAUCAGUGGAAAAAUUGUUGUUUAUAAAGAAGCCCUCAAGUAUUCAAGUCAAAGAACAACUUGGCUGUAUGAAAACACCCUUCACCCAGGAGACAACAGGACAGAAUUUAACUGCACUCUGUUUGAUGUGGGGAAGAACAAAUACUGCUUUGACCUCCUCAAUUUCUCAAACCGAAGCUAUUUCCCAGCAAGAGUUAAGGAGUGUAUGAUGAUCCAAAGGAAUAUGGAAACGUGGAGCCCGUGGCAGCCCUGGAGCCCAUGCAGUGUCACUUGUGGGGAUGGCAUCCGGGAGCGCUUCCGAGAAUGCCUCACCUCCUCACCGGCAAAACCAGGCUGUGCUGGAUCGCCGAGGGAGACUUCCCUGUGUUCACUGGAGGAGUGUGUGUCUGUGCAGCCUCCCACCCCACCUUCUGUCCAGCCAGGAGAGGACCAGAAAGCAAAUAAUAUAGUUACCAUCACAGGUAUCUCCCUAUGCUUGUUCAUCAUCUUUGCCACUGUUCUCAUCACCCUCUGGAGGAAGCUCUGCAGAGCUCAGAAAUGCAGCACCRCUGUCCGACGAAACUCUGUCCAUUCUCCUGGCUUCCGGAAGAACUCUGAUGAGGAGAACAUUUGCCAAGGCAACAAGCAACGGGACAGCUUUGCUGAAGGAGGGGAUGCCCCUGUUAACAUUCCUCUAACUAACAGGCGAAGCCUCCAAUUUGCCCAAGAAGACGAUGCAUCUGGAAGUGAAAACUUUCAGCCAAACGCCCAAAAAAUAAUCCCUCCAAUUUUCAGCUACCGCCUGGCACAGCAGCAGCUGAAAGAGAUGAAGAAAAAAGGCCUGACAGAGACCACUAAGGUGUACCAUGUCUCUCAGAAUCCCCUCACAGACACGGUUCUUGGUGCCACCACAAUGCUUCCCCUGAGUGGGGAAAACCAAGAGGAGACAGCGGCAAACAAAUUUCGAAUCAAAUCUCCAUUUCUGGAUCAGCCAGCCAGUCAGCCCAGGUUCCUGGGGGAAGRCUCUCACACCAGGCUGGAUUUUCCAUUCUCACAGGCCAAUCCUGCAGUGAGCCCUACCCAAACCUUGGUAAGAAGAGGUCAUUUCAAGCACCAGGAUAACAGAGCAGACUUGCCUGAGAGGGGCUGUCACAGAAACUCACAGUUCAGAAGAACAGCCAGCUUCCAUGAAACUAAAAAAGCCAGGCCUUUCAGAGAGAGAAGCAUGUCCACUCUCACACCCCGACAAACUCCUCUCUACAACUCCAGGACCAGGACAUGGGACCACGGUCUGGAGAACAGGACACGGCCAAAAUCAAGAAACRUUAAUCCAGUUUGUGAAAAGCUGGAUCAACCCCAGAGCACUGUGCUGGGCUGUGAACCACAGGGCCACAGUGCAAAGCCCCACCACAGGGCAGGUCCCCUGGUGAGGAAGCUGGACCUGAUCAGUGACCGCCAGCCUGCUGGUCAGGAGAAGGCAGCUGAGAAGUCUGAGCUCAGCCGAAGCAAGAGGGGCCCUUCACCCAACCCCAAAGGUGUGUGGCAGAAAGAAACAGGCCCAAAUGGCAAAGAUAAUUCCCAGAGAGGCCUAAGUGUGAGCCCUGCCCAGUAUCGAAGGGACAAAUGCCAGAGCUUCCCCUUGGACCCUGAGUUUGCCUUUUAUGACAAUUCUACUUUUGGCUUAAYGGAGGCAGAGCAGCAGAUGAUCGACCUCCCUGGGUAUUUUGGCUCUAAUGAAGAAGAUGAAACAAGUACUCUGAGCAUUGAGAAGCUGGUGAUCUGAGUGACUCAUUGUGGCCCUGCAGGAGUGGCGUGCGUGGGAGAGGAUCUGCAGGAUCCAUUUGCUUCUGGUGGAAGAAAGAGCCAGAAUCACAUUAUCUCCACACACAGCAGGAGGGAAUAAUGCCCCAGGUCUGGCUUGUGGGAACAUAUUCCGUUCUAAUUACUGAAAAGUGCUUUCAUAUAAUUAUUUUUUGUAUGUAUGUGUGUACAAGACACACCAAGUAACCUGGGAAAGCACAUGUUGGUUAAGGUAUGGCRCGGGAAUAGCCAACACAGAUUUUAUUGUGUAAAGCAGUCAUGUUUCGUGCAUUAUACAUGAUGAGUGCCACUGACAUUUCCCACCUUGUGGACUGUGCACUGGUAGACUGUGAGAUACUGAAGCAUCCAUUGUCCAGCAUCCUCAACCAUCUUCCCUGAUUAGUGAAUCAUUUCUCAUCUAGAAAGCACAAAGCUCAAGCUGUGGGCAGUUUUCAUCAUUUUUUUGAUAGUCAUUAUUGAACUCCAUUGAUUUGUCAUUGUUGCUCCAGUAACUCAUGGUGGGGCUUUUUAGCUGAUUGCAUGAAAGUGCUAACAAUUGGUUCUGAAUACUUGAGUGAAUUUAAAAUUGAGGAGGCAUUUUCAUCAUUCAAGACUGAUAUUUUCUUACUGUCAAUAUUUAUGCCAAGCAAACAGGAAGUUAGUACAACAGGCAUGCUACAGGGAGAGCAAAGAAAACAGAUGAUCAGGUUUUAGUUCUCACAAAAAUGUUACCAUAGCAUGUUGCCUGUUAAAAGCAGUGAGAGAACGGUUGAAUUAUGAAUCUUUUCCRUAGUCAUCCUUUCCUUUAUUAAAAUUUUUAUGUAAAUAUAUUGACAGUAAUACUACUACAGUAAGCUCAAAAUAAAUUAUGAACAAAACCAGCAAAGAACAAGAUCAUUUGAUUAAUAAUAAAAAAUAAAAUGGCCCAGCAACAUCUGGUAAUUCACAGAGAAUCUWAGAGAAUCAUUUACAUUGGAAAAACCCUUAAAAUCUUUAAGUCCAGCCAUUAAUGUAACACCACUGUUUUUACCCCCAAACCAUAUCCCUUAACUGCCACAUCCACACACCUUUUGAACCCUUCCAGGGGCAGUUAUUCCACCACUUCCCUGGGAURCCUGUUCCAAUGCCUGACCACUCUUUCAGUGAAGARAUUUUCCAUCAUAUCCAAUCUAAACCUCUCCUGGCGUGACUUGAAGCCAUUUCCUCUGGUCCUGUCACCUGGGAGAGAAGGGGCCAACCAAGCCCCACCUUGCUACAACCUUCUUUCAGGGGGCUGUAGAGAGCAGUAACAGUGAACUACGAAAGCCACGAUGUUGUUUUUUUUUUGUUGUGUUUUAAAACCAAACAUCACAAAUUUGCCAUUAGAUACUGCUGUAAAUAUUCAGAGUUGGGUUGGAACACGAAUUAACAGCAGAAGCAGAGCUCAGGCCUUUGUGAAUGACUAAGACUUCUCUUGCCAUUCAUUAGGAUAACCAUCUCUCUGAGAACUUUGCAGACAUGGGGAAUGCUAGUGAGCAAAAGCAGGAAAAGAGAUGCUGCCCAUGAAGGUUGGUGUGCGAGAAGAAAGGUUUAGGCAGUGGACUGUUAGUCUGAAAUCAACUCUCCCAUAAGGAGCCCAACCUUACAUGCCUUUUAACCUGCCUUGUGGGUGUGAAGGCAAAAUUAGCAUGUAUUCCAUUCUCAGAAGGUAGGCUGCUAUCUUUCUCAAAACUGGCUUUCUGUGUAGAAGAGAGAUUUCCCAAUCCCACACUURUUUUUUUUUUUCUCCCCUACAAACYAACAGCAUUGUUAAAGGAAGAGCAGCAUUGCUGUGCAUUGGCUGCCUGUUUGUGAUGGCACCCCACUGCAGUGUCCAAAGCUUGCACAGGUAGCUUGACAGGCACUUGGUGUUACCUGCUGUGACAGCAUAGGAGGAGCAAGACUCAGCAUUUGGCCGCCAGAGACAAAUCUGGCUGUUGGAAUGGCCUUUUUGAUGGGUAACAUUUUGCAGCCGCUGCUGGAGCAAAGGAUCCGGCUCCCACAGUGAUGUGAGCUCCCUCUUUCCUGGGAGCAGCGCCAAGAUGCCAAUGUUCAGCCCUUGGCCCAGCGUGGCAUUUGUACCAGUGAUGUGUUCCCAUAAACUGUCAGCUUGAAAAGCUGUUUAAAGUGUUUGAGAACAUGUUCAYGCUUGAAGAGUUAUCCAAAGGCAAUCAAAUGUAACGAGUCUUUAAAUUGACUUAAACGAGCUGGAAAUCAGACCUCUGAAGCAAUUGCUGYUCAGGUUACUUACCCUGCCUGUACUGAGGUCAGCUUGGUGGUGUGAAGUACCUUCACCCUGAUCCGUCAGCAUUGGAGCUGCAGGGCUACAGUAUAUCUGUUUAAGCUCUUAGCGUAGGAGGGAGACCCUGCAGAAACACGAGAUCAAAUCUGCAGUGCAGCAAGAUUCAGCAAGCAUUCCCCUAACCUUCAGCGGGAGUGAUUUGAGCUUGGCGGUAGCCCUCAGAUCCAGUAAGUACUUGGCUAGUGGCAUUUUACCCUGUUUAUUAACGAAGAGGGUUUUGAAAUUCUUCCUGGGGUUUGUUGAAAUGUUUCCUGGGACUUGCAGGCUCCUGCACAAAGCCCUGUGACCCUUGCAUCUCCAAGUGGGUUUCCUUUGCCACAGGAAGGCAGAGAAGGGGGAUCAUUGCUCUAAAUCAAAUGCUGCUUCCUGCAAAGUUGUCCCAGUGUUGUGCUGUCUUCAGAACAGCUACUGUAAUAUUAUUAGAUGUACUGAGACACAUCUUACAUCAAAGACAGUAAGGCAGACCUCUUCCCUCCCAGCUUGUCACACCUUGGCCCCCCUUUCUCUCUCAGAGACAGAAAAAAGCACCAUAACAGUGAUGCUUGGCUGAAGGAUCCAACUAUAAUGCUUGCCCCUCCAUACUGAAACAGGGAAACAGUCUCUGCAGUCUGGACUUUAUGUUGCUCAUGCUUCACUCACUGGGGAACUGGAAUCGGUGCAGGUUGUGUGACUAAGCCCUACUGACUUUAUCUCCAGCUUGAUACUUCAUUAUCAGAUGGGUUAUCAGCUGCUUAAUGAACUGUCAAACCACAAAUGCUGUUCCCUCAGUGCUGUAGUUUCCACAGUCUGCAGUCCGUAAUCUUUACCCUGCUUCCUUAGCUCUCUUCUGGAGAAUGGAUUGAGCAUUACCUGCCAGAUGGCAUGAAUUUAUUUCCCUGUGUCUUCCACCUAGAUAAAAACCAUCCUUUCUGCUCUCAUUGCUGCACCAGUGGCCACACAGUUACAAUGUGUGCAAAGUCAUUCCUUGCUUCCUAAGGUGCACUGACAAGCUUGCAGUAUGAUUUAACCAUAUCCAAAUACAGAACUAGUGAUCAGAAGGGAAAGAGUAAGUGGUGCCUGUUUGCAUCCCUUUCUUCACAAGGGCAGCCUCAUUUCAGACAUGUAGGUGCAAAUUCAUUCCACGUGGGUACACUUGGGAAGAGGGGAGGGGUGCAGUCUGGCCAAGGGCACAGGCUUUAGGAGACAGCUCCCUGGAAUGCUGCCCAUUACACUGGGAUGUUCAUGUUUGCAGUUGCUGGGAUGUCUAGGAAGCAGUGAGAACAARGGUUUAUCUCUUGACAAAGCAGAGGAACCAAACCAAGUUUUACACUGAAUCUUCACCAAAUAGCUCUGCAUUGUCUUCAGGACAGCUUGAGCCAUGAAACUUAAACUUACCUUGCAGACUCUCUCGACUACCCAGGGCAACAGGUGAAAAAGCACCAGAGCCAACACUGAAAGAAUACAUUUCUCAUAUUAUGAGCUUUCCAAGAUUUUGAUCCAGAUUUCUGUUCACAUUCUUACUAUUGAAAACCAGAGAAAAAGUGUUAAGUCCUACUCGGAUG